CUUGCGGUUGCCUUCAGUACUUUUCUAGCACCAACCACGGCCUUGAAGCUCAGCCCAAAGUGUUAUGGACUUGUGCUAGAUCAUCAAAUGCUAAAGAAUACAAACAUCUGCCUCUUUGUAGCAGAACACAUUAACGAAGCUUUCCGGAACAUGGACCAGGAGAAGCAAACUGUUUGCUGCUGCUUGUAUCACUUGAUGAUACUAUACCUUGAUGCGCUCGUACAUGACAUCCCAGUAAGCAACUGCGCGAUACGAUCGAAUGCAUGGGAUAGUACUCUAAUUGCCAAGGUGAUCAAGAAGGAUACUAUCUCUCCUGGUGUGUUCGGCAAAUUACAACUUAAAGAGGAGUAUAGAGGCACGGAGCAGACACCACUGUUUGGUGGAAUUUUGCAAGCUGAAGCAUUUGUGGCAUCCAAGUUACCAAUAACAUACAAUCCGCAGGUUAGUGUUUUGCAUACAUAAACUUGUAUCAC